AUGUCUCGUGUCUCAUACCUGAACCACCUCACGAGACCACUUUCUAGAUCUUCCCGUCUUACCAUAUCCUCCUCUCCUAACAGCUUGAGGCAGCAACUGCGAUGGAGCUCGCAUUCCCCUGCGUCUCCCUCUCUUUCGGCCCGAGGCCAGAAACCUGUCACCAUUCAAACUCUACAGAAAAUGCACGCCGACAAUAACCCAAUCACAAUGUUAACUGCGCACAAUUUUCCCUCGGCCCUCAUGGCUCAAGAAGCUGGAAUGGAUAUGAUAUUGGUCGGUGACUCGCUUGCUAUGGUAUCCCUAGGCAUGCCAGACACCUCCGAGGUUACACUCGAUGAAAUGAUCAUGUCAGCUCGAGCUGUCAGCAGAGCCGUCAAUAGAUCCUUCACAGUUGGUGAUCUUCCUAUGGGUUCAUAUGAAAUCAGCCCUGAACAGGCUUUGGAAAGUGCCAUUCGAAUGGUCAAACAAGGUCGUAUGCAGAGUGUUAAGCUUGAAGGAGGUGCUGAGAUGGCACCUGCCAUCAAGAAAAUAACCACUGCUGGUAUUCCUUUAGUGGCACAUAUCGGUCUCACUCCUCAACGACAACAUGCUCUUGGUGGGUUUCGUGUCCAAGGGAAUACCCUGGAUAAAGCCAUGGCUUUGCUGAAAGAUGCAAAGGCAGUACAAGAUGCUGGCGCUUUCGCCGUUGUACUAGAAUGUGUCCCAUCAGACAUUGCUGGUCAAGUCACCAAUGCUCUGAGUAUUCCAACAAUCGGUAUCGGUGCUGGCAAUCAGACAAGUGGUCAAGUCUUGGUUCAGAUCGACAUGAUUGGAAUCCGUCCACCAGAUGCCUUCAUGCCCAAAUUCGUCAAGAAAUAUGGUUCCAUGUGGGAGAUGGGUCUUGAAGCCAUUAGCCAAUAUAAACAAGAGGUCACCGACCGGAGUUAUCCAGCUGCUCAACAUGUUUAUAAGAGUGAUGCCAAGGUUACUGAAGCGUUCAAGAACGCCAUUCAGUCUGGACAGUCGUAA